GGCGCGCGCAGGUGGCGGCCGGCCCCGCUGCUCUCGCCGCCGCCGCGGGCCGGCCUCCGCUGGGGUUAGCGCGUCGCCGGCGGGGAGGGGGCGAGAGAGCGCCGGGCGGCCGGGCAGGGGUUGCAGCCGCCUCCACGUGAAGGGCCGUGGCCUCCCAGACGAGCGCCGCGGCCGGCCGAGGAGCCCAGCUGCCCCGCAGCGCGGGGGCUUCCCCCGCCUCCCCGCCCGGGGGCCGAGCCCAGCCCAGCCGCCCGCGGGCGCUGCGGGACGCCGCUGCCCCGCUCUUGCCCCGCUCCCGCCGCUUCUGGGAGGCGGCUGGCGUCGCGGCGCUGCCCCCGUGAAUACUUCUCACGGGGUGGGCGUGGGGAGGGGGUGCUGCGGCGGCCUCCCGCUCCCGGGUGUCCCAGCCCCGCCGGCGGUGGAUGCGCCCGGGAGGAACCGCCGAGCCCGCCCAGCCCUUUCAGCCCGGGGGGGGGGACGCGGGGCGCCGCGAUGACCUGACGCCGGGCCGCGCCGUGCCGUGCCGUGCCAUGGAGGGGAUGACACGCUUCGUAGUGGCCUCGGCGGCCGCGGCGCGGUGGCGGCCGGCGCUGCCCGCCCUGCUGCCGCUGCUGCUCGCCGUGCCGGCGCUGCGGGGCUCGCCUGCCGCAGAUGAGAGAUCCUUGGAGCAGCAAAAUUUUUCCUUUUUCUCAAUGGACUCAAAGGUGCACCAAAGCAUAUCAGGCAGCAGGACACAAAUGGCCUUAGCAAAAAGUACUUUGGCGUCCCAAGAAAGUAAUUUCCUUCAAACGGUUUUAUCAUCAGUUACCACUCCCUUUGAUGUGACUUUAUUUAACCAAGAAGAAAUGAUCAGGAUUUCAGAAGGGAAAAAUACACCAUUGGUAGAUGUCCCUGUAACAAGCAAUGAAGCGUUCUUAAGCGACGAUGAAUUUAUUAGCUCAUUUCCAAAGGCACAGUGGACUCCUCCACUUAAGUCUUUCAUAGUUUUAACAGAUCAUCACUCAGUUAAUACAGUAGAGCCACCAAGAGAAAUGUUAGAAACUGUGUUGCUAACACCUUCGUUUUCUGUCCUUUUUUCACCUUAUGGUAUCUCAAAAACAGCACAGCAAAAGACUCCAUUGAGCGCUAUCCCUGAACAGCGUAAUACUCUUACAGACUUGAAGCUUUUUGUACCAGAUAGUGAAAUGCUAACAGCAAGCAGAGACUUGCCGUUGUACCCUCCAAAUACAGCUAUUUAUUUCACUUCCAUUCCUUCAGAGACAGGAGUUGCAGUGUGGGAAAACAUAAAUGCAAGUUUAACAGCUCUGCCUUUCAGGGCUGCUUCAGAAGGCUCGCCUCUUCAUCUCAAGCUGCUGGAUAAGACUAGCCCUGUGACCCCAGAUGCCACAGCACAAAGUGCAGGCCUGCAUGGUGAUGUUUACACCGAUGUGAGUAGCAGGGCAGCAGAAACUCUCAGUCUAAGGACCUACCCCACUCCAAGCGUUCCUUGGGCCACACCAGCUUCACCACCCAGUAUGGAGCCUGCUUUGUUUCCCAUUAGUCUUCCGCUUGCUUCUUUCCCGCUUCCCUCAGCUACCAUUUCCUUGGACUCUAAUAUGGUUCUUAAUACCAGCCUGUUUACACGUGAAUUCUCCAGUACAGCACCAAAUUUGCCUGCCAGUUCAGAAAUACCAAGUCAAUCAGAGCUUGUCAGUGAGCUCAUGAGUCCAGUGCCUUUCACGAGAUCAUACAGUUCUUGUCUGUAUUGUGACUCAGUUUCACUUCUGCCAGAAGCAGGCUUUUCCCCAGAACAUGAUAUGGGCUCAGGUGAUGAUGUUGAAACUUUGUCCAUCAAAGCUUCUGAAGUACAAGGCAUAACUCCAUUUACAACUAUAAUUACUGACAGGUAUGAAUUAGAGGAGUCUGCACCUGAGAUUUUUGAUACUACUUUUCCAUCACGACCAGUUGUUUCAUUUUCUUCAAGAUACACAGAAAUGCCCGAUUCAAGCAUGUUUUUAUUAAGCACUAUGGACACUGUCCUUAACACUAGAACACCUGUAACAAUUUCUCCUUCCUACCAUCAGCUCCCUGGAGGACCAUCACUGGAUAUCUCUGCCCAGUUUUCCCUCCCUGUUCUGGAAACAGUUUUGAUGACACCAAGCACUCACAUAGGACUGACUGGUGCCACUACUGUUCUGUUUGACUCUACCUUCAUCCCGAGUGAGCCGGUAGCAUCGUUUGCAGUCAGUCGUACAACCUUGCUGGAGUUGCCAGAAUUGAUGCCAUCAGAAUCUGUGGUUUUGCUUGAUAGGACGUCUACAAGGGAGGAACCCUCUUUAAAUAUUUCAGAUUUUUCAUCCAGUCUUUUAUCAACACCAUUUCUUAUUGAACCUAGCUACUUGUCUCUAUCAUCGGCUGCACUAAAUUCUUACUCUGUCAUGCAAAGUGAUUUAUCACUUCUCUUACCUCAGACCUUGUUGACUGGGACAUCAGUACUUUCUGAGAGUGUUUCCAGCUGGGACUUAGCUACCACUGUCAGCUCUGCCACUGAUGGCGAGGUUUCUCAGUUCCCUCUCGACCAAACAUCAUACUUGUAUUCAAAUGCAUCCUCUGUUCCAGGUGCACAUGUUCCUGAAAUAACACUGUCAUCACAUCUUCGCUCUGAGUCAUCUGUGUUCCUGGAAACACCCUCAGUAUUGCCAGUGGGCUCUGAAGUUGUGUUUACCUCAGCUGUUACAGGAGCUACCUCUCAGUUGGAGCCUUCACUCUCCACCUCUUACUCUGUGGUUCCUACCCUGGUGCUGCCUGCUUCUGACAUCCAGUCCGUUACCAGCAGCAUCUUGCUCAAUGAAACAAAUCUGAUCUCUUUGUUUACUAUCUUUCCGGCAACUCCUGUCUUAAAUGUGUCUUCAUCUCUGCUCUCAACUGCUCUGGCUUCUGAUGAGGAUAUUGGUGCUACAGUUAAUCCCAGUCUGCUUUUAACAUCUCUCAGCGAGGGCAGUGCCCACACAGCCCUUCCUCCCUCAGACACUGACAACCUGGUGUCACGUGCCGACACCAUCAGCAUGAUGCCCUUUCCCACAGCAUCUCUGUCCGUGACCGCAUCGUUUGUUCCCACGCAGUUUCCUCCAACUUCCAGCCCUCCCACUGGAUAUGAAGUUCCAGCAGGAAGCAGUGUAACUGCUGGUAAUGACGCAUCAACUGCUUCCACCACUGUCCCCACAACCACUGCCACCAGUGCUGUGGGCAGCCGUGGCACGACUGCUGCAGGCAGCCUGGGGACACUUUCCUCCACCCCUCUGGUGACUGCUACUCCAUCUGCACCUAUGGUCAUAACCUCUGCCAUGACUACUACCAGGCAACCCUACGUCUGCGACAUCACUGUUCCCGAUGCUUACUUAGUCACUGCAGUGUUGGCCCGAAGAGCUGUUCUACAAAAUGUCAGUGAAUCCAUCAGAGAAGUGCUCAGAGUUCAGUUCAGGCGAUCAGUAGAGCUGGAGGUUUAUAAAAUUUCCCCCAAAUUUGUUUUCUUGGUGACAUCUGGUCCUUUUGUUUACACGGCAGUAGCUGUCAUAAAUGUGCUUGUGAACAGCAGUCUUCUUCGUGGUGAGGCCCCCAUGAUCCUCUCACUGCAUCCUUCUUUCGCUGUGCCAGAUAACAGAUUCCAAGUUCAGACAGUGCUUCAGUUUGUGCCUCGAAAUGUGGAUGUUGCAUUCUGCAACUUUAGCCGGCGCAUUGAGAAGGGGCUAAUGAUGGCAUUCAUGGAGGUGAGCAAACGCCAGGAGUUCUACAACUUCACUGUGCAGAUACUGAAUAUAACUCUGAGCAGGCCUGGGGUAGCAUUUCGGCAAGGCCCUGUGAGUAUUGUUUUUGCUGUCCGAGAUAGGUACGGUUUUCUAAACGGGUCCGAAGUCAGUGAGCAGCUAAGAAACUUGUCCGUGGUGGAAUUCAGCUUCUAUCUGGGCUUUCCUGUGCAGCAAAUUGCUGAACCCUUUCAUUAUCCUAAGCUUAAUGUGUCUCAGCUGAUGAAAUCUUCCUGGGUGAGAACAGUUCUCUUGGGUGUCGUCGACCAGCGAAUUCAGGAGGAAGUGUUUCAGGCUGAGAUGGAACGGAAACUAGCUCACCUGUUAAACGAGGCUUUGGUCAGAGGGCGGAUAUGGAGACGAGCCAGUUUUGCAGGCAGCAACAUUGUGCAGAUUGUGAAUGUGUCACGGUUAGUUGGUGUUGAUAACCCUGUGGAACUGAUCUAUUUUGUGGAGGACCAGGAUGGAGAGAGACUCAGUGCUCUGAAAUGCUCAGACCUGAUGAACAGAGUUGAUAUCCAGCGGGCUGCAAUCAUCCUUGGAUACCGCAUUGAAGGGACUGUUGCACAGCCUGUGGAGAAGCUGAAGGAGUCCACCUCAGAGUCACAGAAUAGCAACCUAUGGAUUAUUGUUGGUGUGGCAGUCCCAGUUGCUGUGGUGCUUCUGAUCGUUAUUAUUUUAUACUGGAAACUUUGUCGAACAGACAAACUGGAGUUUCAGCCAGACACGAUAAGCAACAUUCAGCAACGACAGAAGCUACAAGCCCCCAGUGUGAAAGGCUUUGAUUUUGCUAAGCAGCAUCUGGGCCAGCACAAUAAAGAUGAUGUCCUGAUUAUCCAUGAGCCAGCUCCUUUACCGGGACCUAUUAAGGAUACUACCCCAUCUGAAAAUGGAGAUGUGCCCAGCCCCAAAUCCAAGACUUCCUCAAAACCUUCAAAGACUGUUCGACACAGAGGGAGAGUUUCGCCAUCAGAUGCUGACUCCACAGCAAGUGAACAAUCCAGUGGGAGAGAGACAGGAGAAGAAACCGCAAGACCAUCAACUGUUGCAAAUGAUGGCAAACCACGCAGAGCAGUGAAGAAGGGAGCAAACAGAGUGGGACCUCCUCAGACCAGCAGUGGAAACGAGCAGCACUCCUCAGCCUCUAUCUUUGAACAUGUGGAUAGGAUGUCACGUUCCUCAGAUGCCAGCAGACGGGUCCCAAGCAAGAUCCAGCUGAUUGCCAUGCAGCCAAUGGCAGCGCCUCCGGUUCAGAACUCGGUGCUUUCUGAUCGAGUAGCAGAGACUAACAAAAUUAAUAAAGAGAUACAAACAGCCCUGAGGCAUAAAUCUGAGAUUGAGCAUCACCGCAAUAAGAUUCGCCUUCGUGCCAAGCGCAAAGGGCACUAUGAAUUUCCAGUGGUGGAUGAUGUGGUGGUGGUUGACUCCAAAGAACAGCACAGAAUAUAUCGCAAGGCGCAGAUGCAGAUUGACAAGAUCUUGGACCCUGGAGGCAGUGUGCCUACUGUCUUCAUAGAGCCCAGGAAGAGUUCUCGUGCAAAACGUUCUCCUAAGCAACGUCGUCGACAUCAGAUAAAUGGGAGUCCAAUUGAUGCAGAAAAGGACAGGUUAAUCACAACUGACAGUGAUGGGACAUACAAAAGACCUCCAGGAGUCAAUAAUUCUGCAUAUAUUUCUGAUCCAGACUUGCCUCCUGAACCUCAGACAUCAUCUUCAGCUGAUCUGGGAAAGUUCCCUGGCUUGCCUUCCCACCCAGUCUCCCAGUACAUCCCACCUCAGCCAUCCAUUGAAGAGGCUCGGCAAACCAUGCACUCGCUGCUGGAUGAUGCUUUUGCGCUGGUGGCUCCCAGCAGCCAAGCAGCCAAUUCCACAGCCAUUGCACCACCUGGGGUCUCUGCAGGACAGCCGAGAUAUGUGGAAUUUGGAAUGACUCCGCCAACAGCACCAGGUCUCCUACCAAGGCAGAACUUUGGGCCAGGCUUUCUUCAACCUGCAGAGUUAAUGCAUCCAGACCAGCAACCACCUGAGGUUCAGUAUUCCUCCAGAGGGAUAUACGCAGAGGAAAUGCCAUCAGUGGCACGGCCACGACCAGUUGGAAGCACUGCAGGUUCUCAGAUACAGCACCUCACUCAGGUGGGAAUUGCUAGCAGGAUCGGAGGUCAACAAGUGGAGAUCCCCUCAGGCAGAGCAGGGCAUGGCCAGCCGGGGGGGCCAGGGUGGCCCCAGUACCGUGGAGAGGAUGAAUAUGCUAGGCGAGAUGCAACGCGUAUGCCUGGACACCAAGAAUAUUCCUCCUCACCAGUAUUCCAGAUGCCGAGGACUUCAGCCAGGCAGCCCUCAGCACCCCCUGCUCAGCUUCCACACAACAGCCUUCAGGGCCAGGGCCUUUGCUACACCACCAGUUCCACUGAGGACCUCCAGCCAGGUCACUCUUCAGCCUCUCUCAUCAAAGCAAUUAGAGAAGAACUUCUACGACUCUCUCAGAAACAGACAACAGUGCAGAACUUCCAUAGUUGAUUUAGCAUUCCCUUGCAAAUCUGCCAGGUAUCUGCUUCCUAUGGAAGCAAAGACUUAGAGGAAAUCAGCAAUGUUGUUCUCUCAAAAGAAUAAACUUUCACAGCUCUUGUGACAGCACUCUGGAAAAUAUGAAAAAGGCAGCAAAAAUGAGGAUAGUAAGGAGAGAUGGGGGACAAACAGUGAAAAUCAUCAGUGUCAUCACAAGUAAUAUUAAUUAAUCUGCUAAUAUUACGGUGCUCCUCUUCUCUCCCUACCCUCAUUCAACCUAACUCAUAAGUAAAAUCUUAAGUCAAGAUCUCAACUCUCCAGCAACAAAAAAAAUCACGGGAACAAACUCCAAGUCUGAUAGACUCCUUUUUCUGAGGAAGUAGGUGAAGGUUUGAAUAAACCAAGAUGACAUUUUGCAAGAGAUUACAAGUAUUCUGAUCUCUCCAGUGCUUAUGGGGAACUGGUUUGUGUUGUGUUCUGCAAGAUUACAAACUGUAUCAGCUAGAAGGUGUUGAAGGUGUGACCCUACAUAUGAAUCACUUUGGUUGUCAGAAACAAUGGGACUACUUAGAAUAAAAGUCUUUAUGAGCAGCUUGUAACAAACUGGAACAAUAAUUGUUACAGCUCUAUGCUUCUGAAUGGAGCUACCCUCUGCACUCUUCCUUGUUUUCCUUCUGGUGCUGAAGCUUCAAGUGUUCCUUCAUCUUCAAUGUUUGCAAAGUGAAACAUUGGCCUUGUAUAACUAAGAAAAUAUCUGUAGACUCAUUCAGGCUGGAAAAACAAAGCAAAGCAUCCAAACAGAAAGGGCUUGGUAUUUAUUUUGUUUUAAAAUUAUUGAAAACUGGGAGAGAAACACUCAGCCACAGUUGAAUUUGGGGAAAUACGUAUGUGCAUCUUUAAAAAAUAUAUUAACCUGCUCUUGCAAGACCAGCGAUAGAAUAUUGCCACUCUGUAUUUUGCUUUGUGGACAGAAACCAAUCCAGCCUGACUGGUACAGGGUCACCAGCAUUACGUUAUAAAUUGAUGUCCUAAAUCAUUGCUUAUGUUUGGAUCUGAAUAAUUUUAGUGAAAGUCAGUGACAGUUUAGAGCAUUAACAUAGGCUUAGAUUUGAGAUUUUGAGACAGUUUCUAUAUUUAUAUUUGUUUCCACUGUCCCUUUGGACAAAGGGUAAGCAUUAUCCCCAUGGUAAGAAUGGUAUGUGCCAUGGAACUGUUUGUCACUGUUUUUUCCAGAGUUUUAAUUUAACAUUAGCUAUGAAUUUACUAAUAUUUGGCCAUUGCAUAACUGUAACUGACAAUAAUACAUACAGAAAUUUUACUUAAGUCAUGAUUUGUUGGAGCGUUUUUAUUUUCAGAUCAGACUGAACUAAAGCUAACAAACUGGCACAGAGAUGGAGGGUAAGCUCAAUGUUUGUGAGGAGGCUUGGGAGCCUUGCCCUAGAAAAAUGAAAAGCAAAACUAUUUGGUGCUACAGCGUGGUUAUUUCAAACACUAGCAGAUGGUAGUGGUAAAAGGUCUAAGAACAGUCGUCCACCAAAGAGAUCAUUGGGCAGAUCUCCGGGGUGGGGUUGCAUUUGCCUUGCUUACUGGGAUAGGAAUGGCAUUGGUACAACACAGGUAUAUAGCACUGGUAUGGUGUGGUGGUCUUUGGCUACCAAAUCUGUUCCUGGUUCUAGUGCACAGUUCAACAAUUGUAACAGGUCUAACUCAGACUGAACUGAAAACAGGUAGGAGGACACCAUGGAAGAACCCAUGCACCUUGUUCAUGAAGUGUGUACAUAAUACCCAUUGCCCAAGCAAAAACUAGGAAGCAACUGACUGCUCACUGAUGUGGGGAGAAAAGGUGGUGUGUUUCCCCUCUUCAUUAGGAAGCUCAGUUGUUUUUCUGUUUACAAAAGUCUGUAGGAAAUGUUUUGAGAAACUUACUAUAGUGAAGUAGUCUAAUUUUCGGUUCCCUGGCCAAUACUUAAAUCCUUCAUGGGUAUACUGGUUGAGGUUUGAAUGGAGUCAGAACACCAGCAUGGUUGUGAACAGUGGUACCAACCAACAACAUAGAUUGUUAUGUUUGGAAUUUUUUAAGCUUUUUAUGUGAUAAUCACUUCUAGAAUAAAAAUAAAGAAGCAUUUAUUGUCUGCCAAGUAUGUAAACAAGGACGUUGCCAAAUACUCCUGCAAAAUGUCAGGUUUUGCAGAAUCAAGAAUGUAUCAGGCAAUGUUCAUUUGGUCUUUUUGACAAUGUUGAAAACUGACUGUUCCUAAGCGUUCCCAUUGAAACCAUCUCUUUCAGAGCCAACAUCCUUCUCCUGCUUAAUUCUGCAGUGAGGUCAGAGGCCAGCACUUAUAAUAUUAGCAUGUUACUGUGACUUCAUUUCAAGAAAAUGUGGGCUUCUAGAAGUUCAUUGUUUGACUGCUGGUCCCAGCUAUUUAGAAGGAAUAUGAAAUAAGAGCUUUGAAAAUUAGAGGUACUUAAGUAAUUUCUCAUUCAUUUUUGCUAGUGAUGGUGAUGCUAUUGUGAUACUCCAUCUUUUUAUGUUUGGAAAAAUAACUUCUUCAGUCCCAAAUCUUGUGAAGAAUAUGGGACACAGGACAAAGACAUACUGGUAAAUAGAGGAGGCUGUCUGAUGUAAAAAACCCUCUCUAAAACCGUACAAGUUCAUGGAGCAGGACAGUAAAAUAUAAGGAGUCAGAAAGUUGUGUUUGGAAGUUACUGCCUGAUCCACAGGUUCACAGAAAGUGGUAUGGCAUAGCCUGUAUCUUCAUAGAGUAAAAAAAGUAAUGUAAAAGGCACCAGUUCCAAGGCUGGUCUUAACAAGGGAGACCCACACUUCACUUUCUGCAGCUACAGGAAAAGCUGAGUUUUUCAUGUGCUACGAAAGGACUCUGUGGGAUGCAUGUGCCAAAAUGUGUCUUUCCACUAGGGAAUUCGGGGGAAAAAGUCUGUGAGUUUCUGCAACCCCAUGUGCUUGAGCUCUUUUGCCAGUUUUUUUUUAUUGCCCUAUUAAAAGGGGGAUGGGGAACAACCCACAAACCUUUUUUUCUGAAACUUAAAGUAUCCUAAAUUUAAGUAUCUGUUAAAGAAUCUACCAGUUUCUGAAAACACUGAUCAGAUGGAAGCUGGUACAGGCACAGAAAGCUGUUACCAACAGUUACAUCCAUUUCCAUGACUAAACCAUCUGGUUCAUGGAAUUCUCAGCCUCUUCUCUUCCUUCACAAUUUUCCUUGACAUUUGUGUUUAGUCUGUGUUUAGUUUGGCAUAUAGAAGUACUUGGCGAGAUGAGAGCUAUGUAAUUUAGCUUGGUUGGUUUGCUUUUCCUUUUCAUGGCCAAGUUGUUGACCUCUAGCCUGAUUCUUGGUUAUCUUUGGAGCUAAGGGAGACUUUACAAUUAUUUUUCACGCACUCAGAUUGAAUGGUGGGGCGUGCCUCAGUACUGUAAAGUAUUUUCUACCAGGAUGUAACGCAUGGUCCUGUCAGUGACAAUGGGCAUGAGACUCGGAGGAAAACCUUGCCUUUAGGAGUGACUAGCGUAGGUGCUGGACUCACAAUGUUAAAUAUGCACACUUUGAAGCAGUAAGUGGAAUUUCACUGACCCUUUGCAAUGUACUGUGCUUGCAGUGGUUUGGAACAGGCUUCAUGUAUAGUGGUUGGAGAGCAGCAGCAUUGCACAAGAUCUGUGUAUCACCUCUGCACCCAAAUUGGCGAGUAGUUAGCUACGCCAGUGUCAUGCACCUUUAUGCAUGCUCAUAAAUACAUAAAUAGAUUCAUCCUGCAAAAGUGCGUGUUCCUACCAUGUGCUGAAGCUAGUGCCUUUAAAUCAGACCACUGACAGCAGGGUUACAGCGUUAUCUUAGAAAGAGGCUGUUUACAGGGAUCGUAACUUCCCAAGAACCAAAACAGCUGAUGCUGUUGUGUGUUAACUCACAGCUUGAAAACACCUAAGGAAGGUGGAUUACGCACAGAAGCUAUUAUGUAUUCGAGCCCAAGUGAAGUCACCAGUUUUGUGGUGUGGAUGGUAGCAAGUAGCUGAACUAACUUUUUAAAAUAUUUUUUUAAAACUCUUUAUCCUCACUACAUUCUCCCCUUUUCCAACUUUAACAAUUUUUCAGCUCCAGGAAGAAAUGGGCAUUUCCCAUUCCAUGCUUUGUCUAGCAGUUCUUUGUUAACAGGUGCCAGUCCUUGAAAAAAAACAACCAACCCUAUUGUGGCAGAGAGCUUUGAAGUGACAGGAUGAAGAACAUUUAUGACUUUGAGGUGGGAACAUGUUGCAGGCCAUAUUUUUGCAGCAGCAAAGAAAUAAAUGGAUUUUAAAAAAAAAAAAAAAAAAACAAAAAAACAAAAACCACCUGUUUGGUGUUUUCUGAAUAUGGACAAAAAGCUGGAAAUGGAUUAAAACAAAAAUGAUGAGAUGUAAUUAUCAGAAGGAAAAGGAGAGCAACCAGGACUCCAGGACCACCUGUGACAGUGCACUAAAAAAGAGAAAAUCCUGGCGGGGCUCCCCCUACCUCCACUCAAGCUGAUUCCAUACCACAGCCCCUCUUCUGUGCAGACCUUCACGAAUCGCAAUGCUCAUUUGUACAAGUGAGGAACAUCUCUCAGCAGUUCACCAAGGCGGUAGAGAUUCUCCAGGACUGCUUAGAUGUGCCUAGAGAAAUGCAGCAGCUUUUAAGUGCUUAAAUGUGGAUAUAAAAAUCCAUUUCCUUUUUGUGGUGGGAAUCUUUUCCUGCUUCCUGUUAUAUUUUAUUUUAAAAUGGGGGGAAAGCCUUGGGGAUGUAUCCUGUUGUCACCAGUCUGUUGUCAUUCAUGUAUUCCACUAUCUGUACGUCCUAAAUACUGAGGAAGCAGAAAUUAGGAGUAAAAGUUUUUGGCUGAUGAAGAUUCUCUGUAAUUUUGCAGUAUUUUGGUGUGAAUGCACUGGAGUGCUGGAAAAGUCUGGUAUCGCUUGUAUAGUGAGGGUCCCUUGAAAUGCAGCUUGUGUCAGAAAGAGGACUGUAAACAUUUUCUUCUGUAUCUCUGGCACUAAUUCAGUGAGGGCAGAACAAGCUCCGCUCAUACCAAUAGGACUGGUAAUUCAGAUCCAAAUGUUGGUCUACAUAUUGUCCCUGGUUGCAUCUGCAUGGCUUCCACUGAAAAACAUUUAGUUGUGUGUAUAAUUUGGGAGGAGAAUUUAUCCUACAAAUUCUUCAGCACAGUUUGGGAUGCACUUGGCAAGACGUGUCUAGCUUUGACGUACAAGUCCUAGGGUGAGUUUACUCACCCUGAGAAUAAGAAACUUGAAAAGCAUAAAUCCUGUGGAGUUCCACUGCCUUCGUAAAGAGACACUUCCGGAGUAGAGCUGCAGUCGUGUGAAUCCCACUGAAGACUGAUAGAUGAUAAAAAAAAGUUACAUUAGUACUAGAAAAAUACACAUUUCUUUGCACUUCAUAGUUUGUAGAGCUGGAAUGUUUUGUCUUGAUUUCAUGUUACUUUUUCUUGAUACUCUUUACACUUAAAGUAUGUAUUUUCCUUUGUAAUGGCCACUCCUGUUUAGUUUUGAGUAGUUCUUACUCCAUAACUGGAAUUUAUGUUUAGGCUGUUACAUCUUGCCUUAAUCAGAAUAAAAUGUUGGCACAUUUGAACAGAA